AUGGAUGCGCUAGUCCCGGUUGGGCCGGGGCUGGGGCCCGCGCCUGCAGCCGCUAGCUGGAUCGGGGUUAGUACGGACUUGGCACUCCCACCUUUGAGGCCUCCAGGCAAGCGUGCUCAGGCUGCUCAGGGUCUACUCUCGGUGUGCUUGUGGUCAUUAUUAAUUAGUAUUGGGCGACGGAUGGCAUUGGCCGCCUGGUGGGAGCUUGUGUGUUGUGCCCCUCCUUCCGACCAGCAGAAAAAGGAGGAUGAGGGGGACAGCUGUUGCUCUGAGUCGCUGUUCGCUGUUCUCCCUGCUCCGGUCUCGCUGCAUGUGGUCUGUCACUGCGCGCUGCUUCCUGCUCGAGGCUGCGAGAAUGACAAGGAAGAGAGGAGGGGGGAACGAACACGCGCUGAAAUGAUCUGCAUGGCCUCGAACACACCCACCGUUUCACGCCCUUGUCAGCCUAGGGGGGAGGCGGCACUGCCUGACUGCAGUAUCCAACAUGGUAGUUGUAAUAUUCUGUCGCCUCUCGUCUCUGUGAGGAAGCAGGGGAGAGAAGAGGAGAAGGGUCCCGGCGGUUAG